AUGUCCACUCCCACUCCCUCUACCGCAGAAUUCACCGGAAGUGGCGGGCUCUGCCUGCCUCCCGGCCGAGGUGCUGCCGGCGCCAGCGCAGUGGUGGAGAGCCUUCGAGACCUGCCGCAGCUCACGGAGGUCAGGGUUAAUCUGAAGAACAACGACCUCGGCGAGGAGGAGGCAAAAAAACUCCGGGCCACCUUCGCUGCGCUGCCGGUGCAUGAGAAAGACAUCGAGCUUUGA